CGGGCGACCAGAAGCCGCUUCAUUCAUGCCGGCAGCACGAAGACCGCGGCAGCAGCUCUGACAGUAUGGACGUGUUAAACAGCCCGCUGGGCUGGGGUGCCGUAGCUGGACUGAGCGCUGGCCUCCUCCUCGGCUGGCACGUUCGGGGUCGCUUUGGGCCGACAUCCAAAACCCUGAUGACAGCGGUGGGGAACGGUGCAGGUGAAGCAAGCGUGAUGGGAGAAGGAGGCGAGUUCAAGAUGAUCCUGGUGGUCCGAAAUGACCUGAAGAUGGGCAAAGGGAAGGUCGCUGCCCAGUGCUCGCACGCUGCCGUGUCCGCCUACAAGCAGGUCCAACGCAGGAACCCCGAGCUGCUCAAGCAGUGGGAGUACUGCGGGCAGCCCAAGGUGGUGGUGAAGGCCCCCGAUGAGGACGCCCUGAUCGAUCUGCUGGGUCGUGCCAAAGAAGUGGGGCUUCCUGUCAGCCUGAUCCAGGAUGCAGGACGGACACAAAUCGCACCCGGGUCACGCACUGUGCUGGGCGUCGGUCCAGGCCCUGCUGAUCUGAUCGACAGUGUCACCGGAGACUUGAAGCUCUAUUAGAGUUCUGAUUUACAAUUUCCUGGCUGUUCAGAUAUUUGCAAGUUGAGCUCCCAUGAGUUUCUAUUUUUAUACGACUCCCCCAGUCCAGUGCACUUCGUCACAACAGGAACCAGCUGAUUCUGGAGCAGCAGUGGUGACGUCUUGCUGUGGCACAAACACAGGGAACAGUUUCCGUGCAGCCGGUCGGUUCUGAUGCUCAGAAACAUUUAUGAUGACACGGUGCCACUGUAGCUGAUUUCAUUGCAGCACAGUGAAGUAAGGAGUUACGAUGUCCAAUUUAUGUACUGUUCAUGAUACAAGAAAAUAAAUUGUAAAAUGAGC